AAUUCCUAAUCUCAUUACCUGUCGUCGUUGACUUGUCAAGAAGAAACAAAUCAACUCUAAAAAAGAAAAUGUUCUUCAUCGAAAUCAAAGCUUGACAGUAUUUAAAAUCAGAUUUGAGAUGAGCGGCGACGGAGAUAAACCGGCGCCGGCGAAACUAGGCGACGAACAAUUAGCGGAGCUUCGGGAGAUUUUCCGAUCAUUUGACCAGAACAAGGAUGGAAGUUUGACGGAGCUCGAGUUAGGCUCACUUCUAAGAUCUCUCGGUCUAAAGCCGAGUCAAGACCAACUCGACACCUUGAUCCAGAAAGCAGAUCGGAAUAGCAACGGACUGGUCGAGUUCUCCGAGUUCGUCGCUCUCGUCGAGCCAGAUCUGGUCAAGUGUCCUUACACGGAUGAUCAGCUUAAAGCCAUCUUUAAAAUGUUUGACCGAGACGGAAACGGUUACAUAACGGCGGCGGAGUUAGCUCAUUCGAUGGCGAAGCUAGGUCACGUGACGGCGGAGGAGUUAACGGGGAUGAUCAAAGAAGCUGAUCGAGACGGCGAUGGUUGUAUCGAUUUCCAAGAGUUUGUUCAGGCGAUUACUUCAGCUGCAUUUGAUAAUGCUUGGGGUUGAAGAAAGAAAGUUAUAUAUAUAGUUUGAUAUAUAUGUGUGUUUUUUUGGCUUCAUUCUCAAAUCAAAGACAAUUUGGAAGUAUAAGUGUGUAGGUGCGAUUCCAUGGAAAAUGUUGUGUUAUUUACUGUUUCAUUGAUGAAAUUUUGAUAGCUUGAAGAGAAAGUUAUCAUUGUUGGUUUC